AUGGGUCUCAUCAAUGGCCUACGAGAAGGAUCCUUUAGUCACUCCAUAUCCAAAAAGCAUCCAACAUCUCUCAACGAGGUUCAAGAACAGGCGGAGAAAUACAUUAACAUGGAGGAGAACUCCCGAUUAGGAGAAACCUCAAAGACCGGAUUCUUCUACCCACCUCGAGACAAGAAUAAAGAGUCCAGGAAGAAAGAAGACCAACCCACUGAGAAACCCAGAAAGUACCAUAACUACACCUCUCUUCGGGUGUCUCUUGUGGACGUUUACCGGGAGAUAUGCAACACUAAGAAGAUCCCACCGCCUCGUCUGAUUAAACACAAGAGAGGAGGAAGUCGGAUAGAGUAUUGUGAAUACCACCGAAUCUAUGGGCAUUCUACCAACGAGUGCUACGACUUAAAGAAUGUCAUAGAAAAAUUGGCACGAGAAGGGCGAUUAGAUCAGUUCUUAGCCAAUAGAGCAAAUGAACCAAGAAAGAGAAGACGGGAUGAAAAAGUCGGCCGAGCUGAACGUCCCCCUCACACCCCUGAGAGACAUGUUCACAUGAUAAAUGGAGGAUUUGCAGAAGGAGGGAUCUCUAAGUCAUCCCGCAAAAGACAUCUCAAAGAGGUAUAUCAUGUCAGAGAAGGAGACAGGUCACCUAACCUCUGCACUAUUACCUUCACAUGA